ACGGUGAGUCCUAAAGCUACCGGUUUCUCAAAAUUCGGUCACCUCGAUAUACUAAUACCGCGUGUCCACGUUGAUCCGCAGCGUCUGUUUGUUUCUCAUCGUUGUGGUUUAAAAAUAAACCGGCUAACAGCAGAGAUAACGUUCGCUUGGACGCCUAAGCUAACGCGAACAGCUCAACUAUCGUUAGCAUGAAGCUACAACCGCUGCGGGAACGAAGCAAAACAAGCUACUGUUAACUAACCUGCUUUACAGGAUAUUCGACUUCUUUAACCUUGUUGUUACUGGACUGUGUAGCUUACAGUUUGUGCGGUAAAUAUCGGCAGAUCGCCCGGUAGCCAACGUGUUGCUGCUGUGGGCUAAUGAUCAGCUGAGCCGUGGCUGCCGAGCUUAAAGGGAAAGUCUGACGUUUAUCCGCUUAACCCUAACGUCAGCAGUGAUGGCCUCCCAGAAUAUGGACCCCGCAGCGACAGCGGCUUCCUCCACCGCCGCUCUGAAGGGCAGCGAGAGCGGCGGCAGCGCAGCCAGAGGCUCGGUGUCCAAACGGUUACAGCAGGAGCUCAUGACUUUGAUGAUGUCGGGUGACAAGGGGAUCUCUGCGUUCCCAGAAUCAGAUAAUCUCUUCAAAUGGGUUGGAACCAUCGACGGAGCUCAGGGGACGGUGUAUGAUGGUCUCAGGUACAGACUGUCUCUGGAGUUCCCGGCUGGUUAUCCGUAUCAGGCUCCCCGAGUGAAGUUCAUCACUCCGUGUUUUCAUCCCAACGUGGACGAUCAAGGGUUCAUCUGUCUCGACAUUCUGAAGGACAAAUGGUCGGCGCUAUACGACGUCCGCUCCAUCCUGUUGUCCAUCCAAAGCCUGCUGGGAGAACCAAACAACGAGAGUCCUCUGAACACAGCAGCUGCUGAACUGUGGGACGAUCAGGAAGCCUUUAAAGCUCAUCUACACUCGACUUUCCAGAAGUGAAGCAGCUGAACGUUUUCUUCUUCUGUUUGUUUGUCUUCUGUGUUUGUACAAUAUUUUUAUGUUGGUUCACCUCACUGUGUCAAUAAAGUUCUUAAUUCAA